AUGUACAGAAAAUUUGGGCCUAUUAAGACCGCGAACGAAACGGAGUAUCUUUACUCUCGCGUCAACAUCGCCGUGGACCUCAUCACAGCCAGCCACAAGAGCAUGAGCCGAGAUUCCCUGCGCUUCGCCGCUUCCUCCUUCUACUACAAGCUGAAAGCGGCCGACCAGUACGUUCCAGCCAGCAAGUACCACGGCAACGUCACCCUGCUGAGGGCCAAGACCAGCAGCGAGUAUGGGGACAAGCUGGGGGGAGACUACCGGCUCCACGAGGUGUGUGACGGGAAGGUCUCUGUCCAUGUCAUUGAUGGGGACCACCGCACCUUCCUGGAGGGAGAAGGCGUGGACUCCAUCACAGGCAUCAUCCACAGCUCGCUGGCAGAGCCCCGCGUCAGCGCCAGGGAGGGCUAGGACCCCAUCGGCCCACCACACUCCGCUUACUGACCCGUGCAAUAGCGUUAUGGUACAAACGACUGGAUUUACCAAGUAUUUGCUCUGGUGUAAAGGGUGCAGCACUCUUAAUAAUGCUAGCGUGCAAAACUGUGACGAGACAACUACAGUCCAUGUAAUGGUCCCUAAAUGUGUUUUAUUUGUAGUUUUCUGAAUACCUGUAAGUUAAUUUUAGAAAGUGCAAACUUAUCAGUGGAGCAAAAGCUUGAUGAAUCUGUCCAAAGGUCUUGUGGUCCUACUACAGUUCAGCAAGCGUUUCAUUAACAGCUUUCCAAACAUAAGUACCUAUAACAUUCUCAAAUAUAAAGAUGUCAUGUUGACCUCAUUUUGAGUGCUGGCCUCAACGGAUGCUAUCAAGUUAAGCCAUAAUGGGCCAUAUUUUUAAAAUGUUGCUUCUAGUCUUUAAUUAACUCCUACUGUUUUUUAAAGCAUGUAAAUGUUAAAGCAUGUAAAUGUUACAUGAGAAAAAUUGGAAUACAUGACUUACUUGUUUGGUUUUAGUUUUGUAAA